AUGUCAGACAAGCUCAAGGAACGCAGAAGAACCCGCGUUUCCCACAAAGUGAUAGAAAAGCGGAGGAGGGACCGGAUUAACCGCUGUUUGAAUGAGCUGGGCAAGACGGUGCCCAUGGCCCUGGCGAAGCAGACUUCCGGGAAGCUGGAGAAGGCGGAGAUCCUCGAGAUGACCGUCCAGUACCUGAGGGCGCUGCACUCGGCGGACUUUCCCCGGGGAAGGGAGAAAGCAGAACUGUUAGCCGAGUUUGCCAACUACUUUCACUACGGCUACCACGAGUGCAUGAAGAACCUGGUGCACUACCUCACCACCGUGGAGCGCAUGGAGACCAAGGACACCAAGUACGCGCGCAUCCUCGCCUUCCUGCAGUCCAAGGCCCGCCUGGGCGCCGAGCCCGCCUUCCCGCCGCUGGGGUCACUCUCGGAGCCGGACUGCUCCUAUCAGCUGCACCCGGCGGGGCCCGAGUUCGGGGGCCACAGCCCCGGGGAGGCCCCCGUGUUCCCGCAGGGUGCAGCCCCCGGGCCCUUCCCCUGGCCGCACGGCGCGGCCCGCAGCCCGGGGCUGCCCUACCUGCCCAGCGCGCCCGUGGCGCUCCCCAGCCCCACGCAGCAGCACAGCCCCUUCCUGGCGCCGGUGCAGGGCCUGGACCGGCACUACCUCAACCUGAUCGGCCAUGCCCACCCCAACGGCCUCAACCUGCACCCGCCCCAGCACCCCCAAGUUCUCUGA